GAAACGAGAAAAUUAACCCUGUCCUCUUAAAUUCAGAGAGCAACGAAACUUCAGCAAGUCGUGGAAGUGGGGGAAACCCCUCCUGAACUGUGCAGGUUCCCUGAAAGUUGCCGACACGCACAGCCGCGUCUAUGUUAUGUGUGCGACUGACGAGCGAGCAAGCGACUGAGUUUCUAGCAGGUGGGCCUCUGGCAGCUCUGCCCCUCCUAUGUCCCCGUUGGUCGAAUGAUCGGCGCUGCAAACGCACUCUGGGCCGGAGCCUCUCAUUUAUUGGUGAAGAGCCUUGUCAGUCUACGAUCGUCCACACCGACUCGCCAGUUUGCGGCUUCCAAGGGCUGGCUUUGGAUCUGUGGCUGCUGCUGCGGCGAGCUGUGGGAAACAGCGCCGAGGAGAAGAAAGUUUUGCAACACUUGGGCACCUGACUCCGCAUCUUUUUCUUCGCUUGUGGUCCGGAAUCAGCCUUGGAAAACGAAGCAGCCCAGCCUGGACGCGGACAAGGCUUGUGAUUUGCUCUUGGCGCGGCUCUCGAAAGGGAGGGAAAGUUUUAAGCUUUCUCCUUUAUUAUUAUUAUUAAAUUACAUUCAGGGGAUCCUUGAGCGGUCAGCUUCCCCCUCACUUUGGCUUCAGGUUAGGCGAGCGAUGUUCCUCGUCUGUGGAACAGCCCGCGUUUUGUACGGGAAUUCAUUGACUUGAAUGGAGUGGUGCGCGCUUUCCAGUUUUCGGAGAAAGUGAAGGAAGGUUGUUAAUAACAUACACGCUGAGGCGUUUUUUUUCUUUAUUGAGUCUUCUUGGGUUUUUUUCUCCCUUCCCCUUUUGGUACCGGACCACAGGGUUUCCGUGGAGCUAUAUGGAGGGAUCUCAGCAUGGUUUGCACCAGGAAAACCAAAACUUUAGUGUCCACCUGCGUGAUCUUGAGUGGAAUGACUAAUAUCAUCUGCUUGCUCUACGUGGGCUGGGUGACCAACUACAUUGCCACGGUCUAUGUGAAAGUGCAGGAGCCGAUCUUGGAGAAAAAGUUAGAGGAAGACAAAGGGGACACGUUAAGGAUUAUAGAAAGGCUGGACCACUUGGAAAAUGUCAUCAAGCAGCACAUACAAGAAGCACCACUGAAACCAGAAGAAAAUCCUGCAGAGGCUUUCACUGAUUCAUCUCUCUUUGCUCACUGGGGUCAGGACCUGAGCCCUGAGAACAGACGUAUUGCCCUUAAGCAGUUCCAGUAUUAUGGCUACAAUGCUUACCUGAGUGAUCGCCUCCCUCUAGAUAGAUCGCUUCCUGACUUGAGACCAAAUGGGUGCAAGAACCUCACAUUUCCAGACAGUCUUCCUGAGGUCAGCAUUGUUUUCAUAUUUGUGAAUGAAGCUCUCUCAGUGAUUCUGCGUUCCAUUCAUUCUGCUAUUGACAGGACUCCUGCUCAUUUGCUCAAAGAGAUUAUUUUAGUUGAUGACAACAGUAAUAAUGAAGAACUCAAAGAGAAGCUAACAGAAUAUGUUGAAGAGUUGAACGCACGGAAGCCUGGGUUCAUCAAGGUGGUUCGACACAACAAGCAAGAGGGGCUGAUUCGUUCUCGUGUUAGUGGCUGGAGGGCAGCCACGGCUCCCGUCGUUGCACUAUUUGAUGCACAUGUAGAAUUUAACGUGGGAUGGGCUGAGCCAGUUCUCACCAGAAUCAAGGAAAACAGAAAAAGAGUCAUUUCUCCAUCUUUUGAUAACAUCAAAUAUGAUAAUUUUGAAAUAGAAGAGUAUCCUCUGUCAGCACAAGGGUUUGACUGGGAAUUAUGGUGCCGAUAUUUAAAUCCACCAAAAUCCUGGUGGAAACUUGAAAACACUACUGCUCCUAUAAGGAGCCCUGCAUUGAUUGGGUGCUUCAUAGUAGACAGAGAGUAUUUCCAAGAAAUUGGUCUACUAGAUGAAGGCAUGGAGGUCUAUGGAGGUGAAAAUGUGGAACUUGGGAUCAGGGUAUGGCAGUGUGGCGGCAGCGUUGAAGUUCUUCCUUGCUCUAGGAUUGCCCACAUCGAACGAGCCCAUAAGCCGUAUACAGAAGACCUAACUACUCAUGUCCGAAGAAAUGCACUAAGAGUAGCUGAAGUCUGGAUGGAUGAGUUUAAAAGUCAUGUUUACAUGGCAUGGAAUAUUCCCCAAGAGGAUUCUGGAAUUGACAUUGGUGAUAUUUCUGAAAGGAAAGCCUUGAGGAAAAAGCUGCAAUGCAAGACCUUUAGGUGGUACCUUGUCAGCGUAUAUCCGGAAAUGAGAAUGUACUCAGACACUGUUGCUUAUGGGGUGCUGCAGAAUUCCCUAAAAAGUGAUUUGUGCCUUGAUCAGGGGCCAGACACAGAGAAUAUUCCGAUCAUGUAUAUCUGCCAUGGAAUGACACCCCAGAACGUCUAUUACACAGGUAACCAGCAGAUCCAUGUGGGUGUUCUAAGUCCUACCAUUGAUGAUGAUGACAACAGAUGCCUGGUGGAUGUGAAUAGCAGACCCAGGCUAAUUGAAUGCAGUUAUGCCAAAGCCAAAAGGAUGAAGCUUUACUGGCAAUUUACUCAGGGAGGCCCAAUCCAGAACAGAAAAUCCAAACGUUGUCUGGAGCUGCAGGAAAACAGUGAUAAUGAAUUUGGAUUUCAGCUAGUUUUACAGAAAUGUUCUGGCCAGCGUUGGUCUAUCACAAACAUCCUGAAAAGCUUGCCAUCAUAGACUUUCAGGGGGGGGGACCUCUUCUGCGCAACUCUCUUGCUACUGUGUAGCAACCGUUUGCAAUGUCACCUGCUGUACUGUAUAUUUUUCUUUCUCUUUUAACCUCUUUUUGUGCGUGAGUGUGUGGGUGGUGGAUUUGUGGGCUGAGAAAAGAGAUUUUUAUUUCAUAAUGACAUUUUCAUGGCAUUUAUAAAGAGAUACUGAAUGGCAGGUGAUGGUAGAAUAUCUUAAAAUAUUUUGCAACUGUAAAUAGAGAAUAAA